AUGCCGCGCAGAAAAGCCGCCGACCGCACGGGUCCGGUGAAAACCCGGUCUCGCAGCGGAUGCCGAGAAUGUCGAGCAAGUCGAGUACGGUGUGACACCAAGAAGCCCGUGUGCACGAGAUGCUGGGAGAAAGGAUUACCGUGUUCCACCAACCUGGUCCUGAAAUGGGAGUCGGAAUUCGUGAGUCGGGGCAUGGCCUUUGGUCGUGCCGGUGUCUGGAGUAAAUCCCGAGACGCAACCUCAUCGGCCUCGGAAUCAUCGCACACGCGCAACUGGGUUUCCAUGCCAUUCAUUCGACCAUGGGGAUUUGUCAACGCCGGAAUUGCCACAUUCGAGCACCCGGAGCAAGCGGACGUGGUGCUGAACGAAAUGCAAGCCCUCGUUCCUUUGACGACUAGCAACAGCACUCGGUCGGCGGGUGAGUUGGCCAUUUCCCAUUCAAAUCUGGCACCAUCCGUGUCGCUGUUCCCAGCGCUUUCUCAUCUCGGGAAUGGAGAACUAUUCGAUUAUUAUCUCCAGCAGGUGUGUCCUCGUACGACGGCGAGCUCAACGGAGUCUUCGCCAUUCGCAUCGGUGAUCUUGCCCUUCAGCACAUCCGCCUCCUCUACACUCUUCAAGGCCAUUCAAGCCUUGGGCGCAUGCCAUCGGUCGCGAGCCGAUCCUUCCUACAGUCCUCUUGGGCUUCGCCUCAAAUCUGAAACUUUGCGCGACCUCCGCCGUCGAUUAGCCCACGAGGGGUCCUUGAAUUGCGCCGGUGAUCCCGAAGUCCUGGUGAUCAUGAUGAUGCUUUGCCUAUAUGAGAUUGUAGAUAAAUGCGAUCAGCACUGGACAAUCCAUCUCAAAGGCGCCAAGGAUCUAAUUCGCCUUCGAAGGCAACAAGCAGCAGCCCUCACCGAGUCUCCUGACGCACCAGACCCUGCGACCGCUUUUGCGGAGCACUUCUUUGCCUUCCAGGACGUCAUGGGUCGCACUGCUUGUGCCAAGGAGGUCUUAUUCGGCAGUGAUUACUGGAAAGCCGAUGAUAGAAAUAUUGACUUGUGGAUGGGCUGCAGUCCAGAAUUGGUCAAUAUCUUGUCGACGAUUACUGAUAUGAGUCGGAUGAGACGACAGCCGGGUUCAAACGAGACCCGCGCUACGUUUUCUGUACGUGCCGCUGCUCUUGAAAAUCAACUCGAGCACUUGGUCCAGGAAGUUGAAGGCGGUGACGACGAGAUCUUGGCAUCUGCAGCGGAGGCAAAGCGACUGGCAGCCUUAAUUUAUCUACACUGCGGGCUAUACGGGGCGUGUCCUACCACUCCUCUGGUGGUGGACUACGUUCGCCAGAUCCUUCGCCUGGUCUCGGAUCUGCUGGACCGUGAAGUCCUACCCAGUAUGACCUGGCCCGUUUUCGUGGCGGCCGUAGAGUUGGACCCUUCGCAUGAUGAGCUCUGGUCAGAUCCUCACCGCGGACCGACAUCUGGGCGGGCAACUGUCCUGCGAGCCUUGGCGGCCAUGUCCGAAUCCACCAUCGCCAACAUCGCCCGAACGCGGGCCGUCAUUGCCUCAGUGUGGCAGGCGCGCGAUCAGGACCUCGUGAAAGGUCCGGCGCAGGGCGAAUCCAACGACUGGGAAAAGUACGUUGUGCCGAUCAGUGAUGCCAUGAGCUUAGCGUAA